AUGGCUUGUUUUGCAAUAUUUAUGCUUUUGGUUUCUAUGUUAGUUUGUGUUGCACCAUGUUUUGAAGCAAGAACACAAUGGAACAACAUGGAUAAGGAGGUCACUAACCUUGCUUCUUCGGCCCCAUACAAAGAAGGUCAUAUUUAUGGCAACUUGAAUACUGGACCUAGUCCUAGAGAAGGACAUUCUGGCCCACCUCCUAAAAUUGGUAAUGUUUAUGGAAACUUGAAUACUGGACCUAGUCCUGGAGAAGGACAUUCUGGCCCACCUCCUAGAAUUGGUAAUGUUUAUGGAAACUUGAAUACUGGACCUAGUCCUGGAGAAGGACAUUCUGGCCCACCUCCUAGAAUUGGUAAUGUUUAUGGAAACUUGAAUACUGGACCUAGUCCUGGAGAAGGACAUUCUGGCCCACCUCCUAGAAUCGGUAAUGUUUAUGGAAACUUGAAUACUGGACCUAGUCCCGGAGAAGGACAUUCUGGCCCACCUCCUAGAAUUGAUUAUAUUUAUGGAAACUUGAAUACUGGACCUAGUCCUGGAGAAGGACAUUCUGGCCCACCUCCUAGAGUUGGUAAUGUUUAUGGAAACUUGAAUACUGGACCUAGUCCUGGAGAAGGACAUUCUGGCCCACCUCCAAGAAUUGGUUAUUUUUAUGGAAAAUUGAAUACUGGACCUAGGCCUGGAGCCGGACAUUCUGGCCCACCUCCUAGAAUGGGUCAUGUUUAUGGCAACUUGAAUACUGGGCCUAGUCCUGGAGAAGGACAUUCUGGUCCACCUCCUAAAAUUGGCCAUGUUUAUGGCAAUUAA